UUUACUGCAGUACUCUACUUCUUCGAAGCCCAUCUGGAAUCUGGUCAACCACCUGUAGCUCUUGCAGUAGUUUCCGUCUACGGUCCCCCUGAUCCUGCACUCCUGGAAUCUUCAUCAUUCACUGUGUGGUCAUGUGAGUAUCACGGCGAGGGUGCACUUGCAGUCAUUCCAGUCAGAUGUAUCAAAGCCGUUGUCGCAAUGGUCCCACAUUCACUUCGAGGACAAAACCAAUAUUUCGUUGUUGAGAAACCUGGUUGA